UUAUUUAGACAGACAGACGUGUAGUCUUCUUCUCGAUGUGGAACUACCCAAUCCCAUCUCCCAGAAUAAACCAUCUCAAACUCGUAUAAAUACACCUCCACGUAGCAAAUCAAACCAAACCAAACCAAACCAAAUUCUCCAAUUCACUUAAAUCACACACAUACUUUUCAUUAGUCCCUCUAGUAAGUAGUAACCCUCAAAUCCCAAUCACACCAACCAUAGCAAUGGAUGUGUUAACAACAUUAACUGCUGAGAAGCCAGUGGUGAUCUUCAGCAAGAGCACUUGCUGCAUGAGCCACACUGUGAAGGCUCUCAUAUGGAGCUUUGGUGCCAACGUUUCAGUUAUUGAGCUUGACAAAAUGCCAAGUGGCCAGCAAGUAGAGAGGGCCCUUGUUCAGCUAGGGUGCCACCCCAGUGUACCUGCAGUGUUCAUAGGACAACAAUUCAUAGGUGGUGCUGAUGAGAUCAUAAAACUCAACGUUCAGAACAAGCUUGCUCAAUUGCUUCUCAGGGCCAAAGCUAUUUUUAUCUGAAGUAGGUAGCUAUUUAUGCAUAGUUGCAAACGUGUCAUCAAAUAAGAGGUUCUGUGUUCUAGUUUUCUCAGGGCCAUGAGAUGAGAACUGUGUGAGGCAGUUUAGUAUAGAGCUUCUUCUAGCCAUGCUUGUUCGUGUAUUGUUCUUCAUUUUUCUUUGUCUUUUUUUUGGAGCAGAACAGCACCCUUUCUUUUGUAUAAUGCAAACCAGGACUUUAACCAUACGUGUAAUGUUCACUUAUUAAUAAUCCCAUUUUGAGUUCUUUCGACA